UUCAUCACAUGUGCAUUGGGGAAGGAAGUGAACAAAAUGGGAGUUUUGACAAAUGUUAUUUGGGGAUUUGUUGUUGUGUUUGUUUGCCUAUCGAUAGCCAAAUUCGGCGUAGGUUUACACUACAUCAAUAAAUGCCCAGCAGAUAACAAGAUUCCAGAGUUCAUGGUGGAAAAUAGUUGUGUCGUAACGGUCAUCGAUAUUCUUGUUGGACUUACAAAACUAAAUGAAGUGAAAGGUUUCCUCAACACUAUACAGGAUGAUCAUCGCAUAACUGUCAUUGUUGCUGACCAUUUAAUUAGCAUGAUUAUCGCAACAGUAUAUGUAGGUAAGCCGUACCCUUACUUAAAUGGAGUCUGUGAUGGUGCCGAUGUAUGUUGUAACCAGAAUUUAAUACGGUUCGCUCUAGGUGUUGUAAUAACAGAAUGGAUACUAUGUUUUUUGGUGUGCCUGUUUUUAUGUUGAUUGCACAUUUCAUUUGGGAUAGAUAAUCUAUUUCUUCGUUACGGAGGAGCACCAUUCAUUUCUUAAACUCGGUUAAAGAAACAGUUAUAUUCAAGUAUUUCGAACAAUGAAUUAUAAUGAAAAUGAUGUUUUCUUAUUUCAUAUAAAUAUUUUGGUUUUAUUUCAUAUAAAUAUUUUGGUUAUUUGAUGUUUUCUGCAUAGAUUUCAGAUUUCAAAAUAAUGUUGUUUGGAGCAAAUAUUCUGUGUUUGUAUUUUAUGUUUAUCUAUUUUAUGACAUGAGCAUUUGUGCGGUAAAAGCAACAUAUUCUAUAAUGAAAAUAAAAUUGACCUUGAUUCGAAAGAAAGUACGAUGCUGAAUUUGUAUUCAUCAAGUCAAUUUGUAUAUAAAUUACUGUCAGAAAUUAGAAAAGUCAAACUAGCGUUGGGUUAAACACGGCUUUAGUUACAGCCGUGAGAUAAAUUAGAAGAAAUGAACAGUGGAAUUAUAUUGUACUUUCAAACAUCCAAUAUGACGGAAAAAUCCAAGAUGGCCGCUAUAAUAGUUUAUGAUUUCAAAAAACGCUUGCUUAUUCU